AUAAAGGUUGAGAAGUUAACAAACACAUACUCAAAAUCAUAAAACUUAAUUGAAUUUAUACAUAAAUUUAAGACAGAUCUAAGCAUAAAUUGAUUUUGAAAUAUAAUUUACGGAUUAAGACCAUAAAUUAUGCGUAAAAAUAGCUUAAAGACAACUUUACGCGGAUUAUGUAGGUUAAUAAACCGCUAAUAAGGAUCCAAAUCAUAAAAUUUAACCGGAUAUGGACCUAAAUUUAGCGAAUAAAUUGAUUUUGAGGCUAGUUUAUGAAUUAAAUUAAAGAUAAAAAAGCAUUGCUUAAUCAAUUAGAAGAUUGCUAAAUAGUUAAUGCCACUUUACUUAUUGAAAAAAUGGUAAAAGCUCUCGAUAUAACGGAAUAAAAUCAUUAAAAAUUCAAGCAUUGCGGAUGAAAAAAAAAAGGAAAAUCAGGUAGAGUUAUUGCUGGUUAUCCGUGGUAUACCACAAAUAAAGUUGUUUAUAUCUUUUGGAUAUACCUGAAUUAGUUAUCAAGUUAGAAGUCAGACAUAAACAAGUCACGAGUUCGUUGAUCUGAACGAAUAACGACACUUGGCUUAGUUAAACCCGAUGACCAGAAAUUUUAACAUUGCGGAAUCAUCGUUAAGAAUAAGGAUAAACCACAUUUUGUCUAUAAUUAAUUUCUUUACUGGAUUCAAAUCAAUCCGAAUAGUAAGUGUAGGCCCUCUGCAUAAUUUUAGUCAUAAACUAAUUGCGCCUAAUUGUAGCUAUACAACUAUUUAUAAAUUAUGAGAUAAAAUUGAUUUAUUUUUCCAAUUUCGGGGCCCCUAGGCGUGUGCCUCACGUGCCUAGUGGGCAAUCCGGCACCGGUCCUAGUAAUAGGGAGCCAGCUGAAUCGUUUACCGGGGCCUCAAAACAUUCGUUACAAAGUAACAAUUCCGUUGCAUUUCGGGUGUAUUAAAAAAUGCCUUUAUUAAUUCAUUUUUUCAUACACUGGGGCCUUUUUCCAUCCCCAACGGGUCCCAGUACGUAUAAAUGUGUAUAUUUAAAUAAUUUUUUGAGUAUUUUUAACUCCUUCUCACGUAAAACAUCCCAAAUUCCCUCGUUUUAUUAUCAUUACUCGCGGGGAGGAAGAAUAACGCCGAAUAAAACUUUCACUGUAUGGUUACGUAAACAAGAUGAAUUAUUGACGUCAUCGAUUUUUGUCACGUGACAACCGCCCGGUUUUAUCUUGAGAAACAAUACAGAUGAUUCAAAACACCAUUAAAAAAAUAAAUUUUCCUUAUCUUAACAAGAAAGCAUUUAAAUUGCUCCUUAUAUAUAUAAAUGCAUUAGCCUACGCCAUUUUGUUAUUAUGUUUAUUCUGGUUCGCUGUGUGAUAUUUAGCUUCGCUUCUUAAUAAGGAAAUGUUGCCGGUACACGUUUCAUAUUUUUGUAAUUCAAACACCAGAUUUUUAUCUUCUUCGUUUCAAAAUAAAUAAGUGAACCGGAUGAAAACAAGGACUGGAAACUGCUCCAAAAUUUAUAGAAAUGCCAAAGAGGGUAGGAAAAAUACAUGUAUAUAAAAUGCCACGUUUCCAUUAAAAGAAAAUUAACACGACGUCACGAUAUUACUUCCUCCUUUACAGCAUCUGUUUUCCACAUCUACGCAAUAACAAUUUUGAAAUACCGCUGCUGUACGUUUUAGUGUACACUUCUUUUAUUUUUUGUGUACAUUGUGCAUAUUCCUUAUCCAUUACUCAUUUCGUGCCCUUUUUACACCCAAUUGCACAUUUCUUACCCUUUUUGUGUACAUUUUUGUACGUAUCGUGCAUAUUUCUUAUCCAUUACCCAUUUUGUACUCGUUUCUCAGCAUUGUUUUGUCCGACUAAAAACAAAUGCCACCAUAAUUAUCGUGUUUAAAGAUGUGCACGAAUUGUUUUCACGUGGAUAACCCGUAAACAACUCGUGCUAUUGAUAAUGGAAGAAGAAUAAAAAGAAAAUAAUAGAAAAAAAAGCAUGCAGAUAAAUCAAAAUUGUUAUCCGGUCGAGCUGUGUAAAAUCGAUGUUUAGAGGGGACACACCUACUCUCCUGUACUUACCUAUGUCGUAGGAAUGGAGUAGAUCCACAUCCGGGUCUCGUUGUGUGUCGCCUCUUGUGUUGUUGACGUUGUUUACUUGUUAAAGUUGUGACAGGUCGUCCGCUUGACGUGUUAUUGUCAUGGAUUUUUAAAAAAGUAACGUUGCAUAUUGGGUCGGGAAGUGAGACGAAAAAGCCAAGUGGAAAGCCAUGAGCUGUUUACAGUUACCUCAGAGUAUUCUCGGUACAACGUGUACAGAAAGCAAAGAUGAUAUUUCAUAUCGAUUGCUGCUGGGAACAUCAUCCUCGUCGUUGGAUACAGAUCAUAGCUUCUCUAUUUGUGAAGAUGAUGAAUCAAGCAACUCACAAGAGGUAACACUGAAUUUUUAUUUACAAAAUGGUAGUUGCCAGAGACUUGUUGUGGAAGAGAAUUUAAGGGUUUUAGAUAUGUGUCACCUUUUAUCACUGAAGUUUAAUGUUAGCAGAUCACAUACAUGGUCAUUAGUUGAACAUAUACCAGAUUUAGGAAUUGAAAGAAGCUUAGAAGACCAUGAAGAAGUUUUAAAAGUUUAUGUGAGUUGGAGUUAUGAAAAUAGAACAAAUAGUAAUAAAUUUGUUUUUAAACAAGAUUUUCGUAAAUAUGAAUUUUUUAAUAGUCCACAACAAUUUUUUCCAUUGGAUAUGGUCGACUUAGAAUGUCAAGUAGACUGUCUAUCAGAAUCAACCGAAUUAGCAAAAUUAAUAACAUUACAGAAUAUGUUAAAUUCAGGAGAUAAAGUACCAAUUAUUCAAAGUCAGUUAUGGUAUCAAGAAUCAAGCAAACAUUCCUGGAGGAAAUUAUUCUUCAGAGUUGAAGAUGGUACUUUGUAUAUAUCUUCAGCAGAGUCAAAGACAUCAAAUGGUCACAUGCCAGAUACCAGACAGCUUUGGGCAUUUAAAAAUAUCCAGCAAUAUGAAAUUUAUACUUCAACCAAAGACAAGAAUAAUGGUCAACCUACAAAAUAUUGUUUUUGUUUAAAGCCAACUAGUAGUAGCAAGAAAGAAGGAGCAAUGAUCAUCAAAUUUUGCAGUGAAAAUGAACAGGAAAGGCAAUGCUGGCUCAUUGCUCUACGUCUAGCAAAAUAUGGGAAGAAAUUGAGAGAGAAUUAUAAAGAAAUAAAGACUAGAUUAUCUGAGAAUAUUUGGAAUUCAACAAAACCUGGUAGUGGUGUAAUGCUAUCUGUAAGUAAAUUACUGUAGCACAUUAAUUAGUAAUUACAAUUUAUAACAUAGUGUAAUGCACCGCGUACCAAAAAGAAAUGAGGUUACACAAUGUUAGGGUUCAAGGCCUGGACUUUUAAAUCAAAAGCAAUAAUAAUUAAUAAACGACCACAUAUAAGUAACAGUUCACAAUGAAAAUAUCUUUAUUAUUGUUUUUUUUUCCUCAAAAGUUGACUGAUUGAAUAUUUGACAAAUAUAUGAAGUAACAAAGAAUAAUCAAAGUAUACAGCUUACGCUAAUCACUUCUCAGAGAUGUGUCUACAACAUUUGUCACCAGGAGCUACACCACCCGGCUGUAUUGGAUGUGCCUUCUGCACUGCCCUAAUUUACAUUAUUUUGUGUCACAGGAUCAGUCCCUGAUGCAAAAUUAGUAUCUCUGCCUUUUUGACUUUGUCCUUAAAUAAAAAAAGACCCCUGAAAAGAAAAUAACUAACUAAAAAUAAUGCCCAAUAACACUUGGACAUUGACUCCUUCACACCCCUCCCCUUUUAAAAGGAAAUAAUUUCUUUUAGUUAAGGGUUUGAAAAUCAGUAGUACCAAAAUAAGUGACUGUUUUGUGGAAACAGGACAGUCACUUAUUAUAUAUGGUAUAGGACAAUCAGUUGGCAGUCGUGCUGUUAAAGUUAAAUUCUUGAGGUGGAGAUUUGUCAAUCAUUGGUAUCGUGAGGUUGUAAAAGAUUACAUUUUUCUGUGGUCAGGACAGCACAAAAAAGAUUAAACUUUGGUGAUGUUCCCUUGCUGGGGUUUCCUUCAUUCGUUCCUUGGACCUCAAACCAGCAGGCUAUCGGUAGUUUAUUUUCCUUUGGGGUCGGAGUCAUCUUGGAGAUGGUGAAGAUGCAGGACAGACAGACAGACAUUAUUCUUUAUUAGUACACAAAGUACAGACCCGGUACCGCAUUAGCACAACCGGGUAUGAUGCACAGUUACAACAGGGUAAAUUUACAGAGUAUUAUUGUAAAGUACUAUAUUAUUUUUCCGACUUUCCAACGAUUAUCGACACUACUGUGUGCCGGAAAUAGCCGUUCCCUAACGGGUACUUUACG